AUGUCCCGGUCUCUGCUCGCUCUCCUAUCAAUCGCGUUGCUCGCUCUGAGAGUCGCCGCCUCCGACUACUAUGAGCAACUCACACUGACCCCUUUGCCCCUCGGGUCCCUCCUCGCCUCAUUCGACUUCCGCAGCAAUGAGAGUAUCGCAGCCUACGAGGCUCAGAAUUUCAGGUACUUCCCCCGCUCGUUAGGACAGGCCUUGCGGCAUGCAGACACAAAAGAACUACAUCUGAGGUUUACAACCGGACGGUGGGAUCCAGAGACCUGGGGAGCCCGACCAUGGGACGGCACAAGAGAAGGCGGUACGGGUGUUGAGCUCUGGGCUUGGAUCGACGCAGACACCGAGGAUGAAGCUUUUGCGAAGUGGACAACGUUGGCCCAAUCUCUGUCGGGGUUAUUUUGCGCCUCGUUAAACUUCAUUGAUUCGACGAGGACGACAAAACCGGUCUUGUCGUUUCACCCGUCAGGGACGCAUUACAAUGCAAGUCGAAAUCUGCAUCUCUUGCACGGCGUGCUGCCUGGUGAAGUUGUCUGCACGGAGAAUUUGACGCCAUUCUUGAAACUGUUGCCAUGCAAGGGCAAGGCAGGGAUCUCGAGCCUGCUGGACGGCCACAAAGUGUUUGACGCGUCCUGGCAGAGCAUGGCCAUCGACGUCCGGCCGAAGUGUUCAGCUAGCCCCAACAACUGUCAAAUCGAAAUCGCGCAAACUAUCGACGUGGUUCUCGACAUCGAACGAUCCAAACGGCCACGAGACAAUCCGAUCCCCAGACCGAUCCCACAAGAACAGCUCGUUUGCGAUGAAUCCAAGCCCUACCACUCGCACGACACCUGCUACCCGCGAGACAUGGUGGAUGAAGCAUCUUGGUCCCUCAAAGACAUCUUUGGGCGCACCAUGGCAGGCACAUGUCCACUUACCGACGAUGACGAGGAAGACGCACAACCGAUAUGCCUCAACGUCCCGCACGAUCGCAUGGUCCUCGUCAGCCACAGCGGCUUCGAAGUCAAAUCGGAACCCGGCUUCAACGAGCAUCGAUGCUACUCAAUCAUGCCUUUUGAAGAAUUCGACCUCGAAGCGCCUCAACAACCUCGCCUCCCCAAAACUCACCAUCUCGGCCACGAACUCCUCAGAGCAGAGCGAACCAUGACCGGCCACGGCGCCGCACACGGCGGAAUGCGCACCAUCUUCACGAACCCAUCGUCCUCCGAACCCGUCACGUUCGUCUACUUCGAGACCCUCCCCUGGUUCAUGCGGCCCUACAUGCACACCCUCACCGCGCAGAUCGUCCCCAUGGCGAACGAUCCCCUUUCCGGUCCCUCUGCCCGUGCAGAUGCCGCACAAGCCCAACAGCUCAUAAAAGACAUGUACUACUCCCCCGCCGUCGACCGCCACCGACCCACGCACCUCGAACUCCUCGUGACCGUUCCCCCCUUUACGACCAUCUCCCUGACUUAUGCCUUCGAGAAAUCCAUCCUGCGCUACACCGAGUACCCACCCGACGCGAACCGCGGGUUCAACAUCCCCGCGGCAGUAAUCCGCAUUCUCACACACGCCCUGCACGACCCGAUAGGUCACACGCCGCGAGACGUCUACCUCCGCACCACGAGCCUGCUGCUCCCACUCCCGACGCCCGACUUCUCCAUGCCGUACAAUGUCAUCAUCCUGACCAGCACGGUCAUGGCCCUCGCGUUCGGGAGUAUCUACAAUCUGCUGGUGCGGAGGUUCGUCGCCGUCGAGGAGGUGCCCGAGGGGAAAUUGGGCGUGGGCAUCAAGAAACUCAAGCGCGCGCUGGUCAAGUUGAAGGAUACUUGGAAGGGUAAGGAGGCGCGGAAGAUCGAGUAA